AUGCCAGCACCAGUCAGUGACAAAGUUAAAAUCUGUAUUGAUAGAGGAGGUACUUUCUGUGAUGUGAUCGCAAUAAGUGAAACGAAAGGUGACCAUCUGGUCAAGCUUCUGAGUGUGGAUCCUGACAACUACCCAGAUGCACCUGCUGAGGGUGUGCGGCGUGUCCUGGAGUGGUUCACCGGAGAGAAAAUCCCUCGAAAUCAACCUAUAGAUACAGAAAAAAUUGAAUUUCUGCGUAUGGGUACAACGGUAGCAACGAAUGCUUUGCUAGAGCGAAAGGGAGAGAGAUGUGCCUUGCUCAUUAACAAAGGUCAUGCCGAUGCGCUGGAAAUCGCAUUUCAAACUCGUCCUUUCCUUUUCCAACUUGCUGUGAAGAAGCCUGAUGUGCUGUACUCCAAAGUAGUGGAGAUCGAUGAAAGGAUUAUUCCUGAAUGGCACGAAUUCGUUGAAGAAGGCAAAACUGUUGCGGAUAACGGUGAUAGACUGAUCAAGACGAAUAGUGGUGUCACAAUCCGAGAACUUAAACCCCUUGAUAUCGGCGAGGUCACCGCGUCUCUUAAGGGUCUAUAUGAGGAAGGAUACCGUUCUUUGGCCAUUGUACUAGCCCAUUCUUACCUAUGGCCUGAGGACGAGCAACAUGUUGCCAAAAUUGCCCAAGACAUGGGCUUCGAAAACGUCAGCGUGUCCGCUGAAAUCGAAGCCAAAAUUGGUUUCAUCGCUCGUGGACAGUCAGCCACAGCCGACUCAUAUCUCACUCCCGAGGUCAAACGAUACCUAAACGGUUUUGCCAAGGGGUUCAAGGGAAAACUUGAGGAUGGCAACUGUAGAGUAUCCUUCAUGCAAUCUGAUGGUGCGUUGGCAGACUUCAAGAAGUUCUCUGGUUUGAGAGCCAUAUUGUCUGGACCCGCUGGUGGUGUCGUUGGUUUCGCAAGGACAUCAUAUGACCCUCUGGACGGAUCUCCGGUGGUUGGUUUCGAUAUGGGUGGUACAUCUACCGAUGUAUCUCGAUUCAACGGGACUUAUGAGCAUGUCUUUGAAACGACAACUGCCGGUAUCUCCAUUCAGGUCCCCCAACUUGAUAUCAAUACUGUCGCAGCAGGGGGCGGUUCUAUCCUUACAUAUCGAAACCAGAUUUUCAACGUUGGACCCGAGUCCGCUGGUGCCCACCCCGGUCCUGCUUGUUACCGAAAAGGUGGUCCUUUGACUGUCACCGACGCCAAUUUGUUCCUAGGCAGACUCCACCUAGACUCUUUCCCCAAGAUCUUCGGUCCGAGCGAGGACAUGCCUCUUGAUUAUGACAUCGUCAAAGAGAAAUUCGAAGCUCUCACCAACGAGAUCAAUAAGGAGAAUGGAUCAAACCUUUCUGCUGCCGAAGUAGCCUCUGGUUUCAUCAAUGUUGCCAAUUCCUCGAUGGCCCGACCGAUCCGAGCUUUGACAGAACAGCGGGGUUUCCGAACGAGUUCCCACAAUUUAAGUUGUUUUGGCGGAGCUGGUGGUCAACAUGCAACUGCCAUUGCUCAGUUGUUAGGUAUGCAUAACGUCAUCGUCCACAAAUACUCAUCGAUCCUUUCCGCGUAUGGUAUGGCAUUAGCAGAUGUAGCUGUUGAUGUCUCUGAGCCAUAUGUCCAAGAGUUCUCUCAAAACUCCAUCCCAACGAUCGAAGGUCGAUUUGAUGGUCUCAAAGCGAAAGCUACUCGUCGACUGGUAGAGCAAGGAGAAUCUGCAGACUUAGUUGUGUAUGACUGCUAUCUUAGCAUGCAAUACGCAGGCUCGGACACGACUCUCAUGAUUCUUCGUCCGGAAGGCAACGACUUCACUAGAGCUUUCAUCGAAGAACACAGACGAGAAUUCGCCUUUGUGCUUGAUGCUCCCAUAAUGGUAGCAGCAGUACGAGUCAGAGCGACCGCCAAAUCCCCUUCUAGUGAUUUGAGCGAGAGAUCUCCUUGGGUCGAAGAGCUUCAACAGCUCGAAUCAAGCGAACUCCAAAUUCCGGAGCCCAAAUCAUUUGCCUCCAACUCGAUCUACUUUGAAGAAUUAGGCGAAUUCACAGAUGUUCCCCUGUACAAGCUCCACGAUUUACGACCGGGCAUGAAAGUCCCUGGUCCGGCUGUCAUCCUGGACAACACCCAAACUAUCGUUCUCCAUCCGCAAAAUAAUGCCAGAAUCCUGAAAUCACAUGUCUUCAUCGAUGUUGGCCUGGGACCAAGAAAGGCAAUUGAUUUGUCGUCUGUUGAUCCGAUUCAGCUUUCCAUUUUCAACCAUCGAUUUGCCAGUGUGGCAGAGAUGAUGUGUCGAGCCUUACAGAAAACUGCUGUAUCAGUUUCCAUCAAAGAGAGACUUGAUUUCUCGUGUGCCCUUUUCGACGCCGAAGGUGAACUCGUAGCAAAUGCCCCUAACGUCCCUGCGCAUCUUGGAUCCAUGCAAUACGCCGUCACUUACCAGAAAAACAGAAGAAAGGGAGAACUUCGUCCUGGUGACUUCCUUUUGUCCAAUAGUCCUGAAGCAGGUGGUGGACAUUUGCCUGAUAUCACCGUCAUUCAACCGGUCUUUGACGAUGCAGGCGAAGAAAUUGUCUUCUGGGUCGCAGCCCGCGGACACCAUACUGAUAUAGGAGGUCUGGAGGGUAAUUCGCAUCAUCCUAAUCAAAUUGAUCGAAGGGAGGAAGGUGUUUCGUUCGAAUCCAUGUUUAUCGUCCGUGACGGUGUCUUCAACGAGAAAGAGAUUGUUGACACAUUCAUGAAAGCCGGUGAUUUCCCCAACUGCAAAGCUACUAAGCGACUUGACCACAACUUAUCCGAUCUCAAAGCUCAAUGCUCAGCUUGUGCUGUCGGCACUUCCCAAUUACAUGCCUUGUUCGAAGAAUACGGAAAGGAUGUUGUACACUUCUAUAUGAAGGCUAUUCGAAACAAUGCGGAAGCUUGCACCAGAGAUGCUCUUAGACCAUACGCUGGUAAAAGCUACACCGCGACCGAUUAUUUCGACGAUGGUACCGAGGUCAAGGUCAAAAUUGACGUCAACGAAGACGGUAGUGCCACCUUCGACUUUACUGGUACUGGUCCAGAGGUUUUGGCCAACUUCAAUGCCCCUCCCGCCAUUACUCGGUCUGGUCUAUUGUAUUGUCUUCGAACCAUGUCAGGUACCGACAUUCCCAUGAAUGCAGGUGUCCUUGCUCCACUCAACAUCAUAAUCCCCGAAGCAUCCGUCCUCUCCGCCUCAGAAGACGCUGCGGUAUCGCAAGGAAAUGGUGAGGUUGCACAAAGAGUAGCUGAUAUUGUUUUCACCGCUUUCAACGUUAUGUCUGGAUCUCACGGGUCCAUGAACGGUACACAUCUCAUGUACAAGAAACACACUUGGGCCGAAACCACUUGUGGCGGUGCUUCUGCCGGACCCACAUGGGACGGUCAAUCCGCUGUACAUACCAAUAUGACCAACACUAGAAUUGGUGACCUGGAACUGUUAGAAAGCCGGUUCCCUGCCAUCUUACGGGAAUUCAGUAUCCGACGUGGAUCCGGCGGAGCUGGUCUACACAGAGGAGGUGACGGUAUCGUGCGUAUUUACGAAGCUCGAGUAGACAUGGACGCAAGUCAUGAUGGUCAACGAAGGGUCAUCGCACCCCACGGAACAGAAGGUGGAGAGGAAGGAAUUAGAGGAGCUUCAUAUCUCGUCAAGAGAAGAAGAGCCGGAGGAUUCCGAACAGUCAAGCUAAAGCCCGCUCAUCAGAUCCAGAUGCUUGCCGGCGAGAAGCUCAUCGUGCAUACAGCAGGAGCUGGAGGAUGGGGUACUCCCCCCAAUAAGGUGAAUGGACUACAAGGUACAUCGUUUCCUUAUGUGUCUUCAAAACCAUCAAGUCGACCCCCUCCAUUCACAAGGGCAAAUGGGAGUGUUUCGCAAUGGGGACAAACUCAGGCUGAGUGUGAUUGA